GUCAUGCUGGGAAAACCUCCCACCUAGGACUUUACCCUGAGUCCAGGGUCUGUGCCCUAACCCCACAGUCACUGAGAGCAACUGUAGGCCACAUACAACAGACAUUGCUUGUUUUCCAGGUACUAAGGGUCAUAAUCCCUAACUCCAGUUACAGGAAACUCCUGAGAUCAGAGGAAAAACAGCAUCCGCGUGGGAGUUUGGGGAGAGAUCUUCCAUACCAGAUUCUGUGGCCUGCAGGUGACAUGCUGACUAAGAGAAGCAGGAGUCUGUGACAGCCGCCCCAACGCCUGGCGACAUGGCCACUAGGGAAGAUGAGCUGAGGAACUGUGUGGUAUGUGGGGACCAGGCCACAGGCUACCACUUUAAUGCGCUGACUUGUGAGGGCUGCAAGGGUUUCUUCAGGAGAACAGUUAGCAAAAGUAUUGGUCCCACCUGCCCGUUUGCUGGUAGCUGUGAAGUCAGCAAGGCUCAGAGGCGCCACUGCCCAGCCUGCAGGUUGCAGAAGUGCUUAGAUGCUGGCAUGAGGAAAGACAUGAUACUGUCGGCAGAAGCCCUGGCAUUGCGGCGAGCAAAGCAGGCCCAGCGGCGGGCACAGCAAACACCUAUGCAACUGAGUAAGGAGCGAGAAGAGCUGAUCCGGACACUCUUGGGGGCCCACACACGCCACAUGGGCACCAUGUUUGAACAGUUUGUGCAGUUUAGGCCUCCAGCUCACCUGUUCAUCCAUCACCAGCCCUUGCCCACCCUGGCCCCUGUGCUGCCUCUGCUCGCACACUUCGCAGACAUCAACACUUUCAUGGUACAGCAAGUCAUCAAGUUUACCAAGGACCUGCCCCUCUUCCGGUCCCUGCCCAUUGAAGACCAGAUCUCCCUUCUCAAGGGAGCAGCUGUGGAAAUAUGUCACAUCGCACUCAAUACCACUUUCUGUCUCCAAACACAAAACUUCCUCUGUGGGCCUCUUCGCUACACAAUUGAAGACGGAGCCCAUGUGGGGUUCCAGGUAGAGUUUUUGGAGUUGCUCUUUCACUUCCAUGGGACACUACGAAAACUGCAGCUCCAGGAGCCCGAGUAUGUGCUCUUGGCCGCCAUGGCCCUCUUCUCUCCUGACCGGCCUGGAGUUACCCAGAGAGACGAGAUUGAUCAGCUGCAAGAGGAGGUGGCACUGACUCUGCAAAGCUACAUCAAGGGCCAGCAGCAAAGGCCCCGGGAUCGGUACGGUGGGACACGGAGGGCUCGGAGGCCACACCAGGGCAGGAAGGGGUUGGCGAAACAUUGAACUUGGGAGGAAUGUCUUUCACUGUCCUUUCCUUAGGGAAUUCAGGUCUCUUGGGGUCUAGUCUUUCCCCCUGGCCAUCCCUGUCUCACAUCGUUUCAGCAUCCAAAUUGCUGAAUUUGGAUACUGCUGUUUCAUCUCACUUUUUCCAGAUUUUUUUAUUAUUAUUAUUUAGUACAGAUGCAAAGUAGUAGCUCAGAGGCUCUGGGUAAUAGCAUUCCUGAGAUUGAUGACAUCCAUCACCUCACCAGUCCAGCUUCUCCAGACUAACGCAGACUUUUAAGUCUUGUUCACUCCCUUCCCUUGGCCUUUCCUCUCCUCGCCAUUGGGCUGAUUCCUUCGAUUUUUCUUUUCCCUUGAAGUUAUAGUCAUUCACAGUUUCAUGGCCAAAGCCAGUUUCAGUUUCAUAGUCUGCGAUUUAUCCAGGCUCUGAGGUAUAAACCACUUCUGUUUUGCUCAUUCCUCCAAGAGCCAGUUUGGCCAGAAAGGGGACACUUCAUACCACAGAACAUAUCCACCUUCUAGAACCUGCUCUGGAGGGCCAGGCCCUCAGAUUCCACACAGCUGGAAUUCUGGCCAAGUCUGGAGCUUUCUUCACACUCGGCCCUCAGAGCUCUGGGGUCAGAAUAACUGAGCUUGGUGAGAGAAGACAGUGUCAGACUGAGGCCCCCUCGAGGACCUUUGGAACUUCUGAUAAUCUGUCAUACCAGAGCAUGAUUUUCUCUAAUGUCAGACCUGGCUUCACUGAGGAACAGUUCAGGGGAUCAGGGCCUCAAGACAAGACUCCCAGGUGCCUUAUUUCCCUCCUGUUUUCCUGGCAACCCCACUACUUCCUCCACAGGUUUCUGUAUGCAAAGUUGCUGGGCCUGUUGGCUGAGCUCCGGAGCAUUAAUGAGGCCUAUGGGUACCAAAUCCAGCACAUCCAGGGACUGUCUGCCAUGAUGCCGCUGCUCCAGGAGAUCUGCAGCUGAGGCCAAGCUCACUGCCUUCCCCAGCUCCUGGGACACCCUGGACACUCUGGAGAGGGGAAAUGCUGGGACAAAAGAUUGGACCAUGUUCAAAGAGAGCCCAGUGGUUGCAAUGAAAGACUAAAGC